AUGCCCACACACAUGGACGCCCUGGGCGCCUUCACCUACCUCGCCGACAACCUCCCCUCCUGGAUCUCCCGACUCGCCGACCUCACAGCUCACACCUCCGCCAAACACGCCGAGUUCGCCGACGCAUACAAGAAGCACUCGACCCCCUCCAAGCCGCGCCGCCGCCGCAACAGCUCCGUCUGCUCGAUCCAGACCGACUCGCUCACCGGAAGCCGCAGCCGCAGUCGCAGCCACAGCAAGGGCGUGAAACGCCGACGGGGGAGCGACGACGGCUCGCCGGACUCACGCGACGCGGACGGCGCCGCGAUCGUCAGUACGCGACACAGCCUGAUUAUACACUACGAUGGAUACACGCAGAAGACGCUGGAGGAGAUGGUGCGGAAUAUUGGGACUGCGCGGAAUAACCUAAGGAAGGGGAAGAUUGCGCAGAUACCGCUGGGUCUGGGUGCGGGGAGGAGGUCGUUGCAGCCUCGGAGUGCCGCCCGCGCUUUGCUUCCGGCGGUCGACUCGGAUAUACCCGAGGGGGAUCUACUGGCUAGUAUAAGGGCGACAAGGAACAGAGGCCCGCCUACGCCGCAGGUCGCGGCGAGACAGUCGCCGUUUGACCUUGCGGAUAAGAAUCUGGAGCUUGCUCAUAGCUUCUGCGAGACGGCGGCGUACCAUUUUCUGAGGGCGGGAGGUUGUGCGUCGGAACUCGAGAGCGUGAAACAGCGGUUUACGGUCCUGCUAAAGCUUGCUACGGAGGAGGUCCAGCGGUUACAAGAGGAGAAAAAGGAACAAGCCGGCAAGGAGGGAAUGGUGGGAAAGGAGGCGGAGCCCAAGGAUACGGCUACGGUUACAGUUACAGAAACGACGGUGUCGCUGAAGCGACCAGCGUCGAGCGAGGGGCCGAUCGAGGUCGACGAUGAGCAGGCCUCGGUGGAAUCGAUUGAUCUGACGGCGUUCCGGGUAGGUCGGUUUCGGCGAUGA